AACUUAAAAUUCACAUGUAUGGCGCGAGCUGCACGAACUUGUGAAUGUGUAGUAUUAUUAAAAAUUCAUAUAUAAAUAUUCCUAAUAAAUUGUAUGUAUAUUUAAUAUUUUUUCCUGUACGAUAUAAAUAUGACUCUCACUGAAAUGGAACCACUUAAAAUACACUUAGAUGCCUUAGAAAUGGCAGGAAAAGUAGUUGAUAUACAUAUUACAGCAGAUAGUAAUUUUCCUUCUUUAAUCAAUCUUAUGCGAUAUAAUGUACAAGGUGGACCAACUGUUAGUGGUCUUGAUGAUCAUGAUUAUCCAAAUAUAAAUGGAAUGUCAAUGUGUUUUUCAAAUAUAAAUCAAAUGAAAGUACACAGUAAAAUUUCUUUGCCAUCUGAAAUAAUGGAACAUUUUCAUCGUGUACAAUGUCAUUCUAUGAUGGGACUUUUUACAGAAAUUUCAAAAGCAUGGCUUACAAUUGAUAGUGAUAUAUAUGUUUGGUCAUAUGAAAAUGAAUCUGAUGUUGCAUAUUUUGAUGGGUUAAAUGAAACUAUUAUAAGUGUAGGUUUAGUUAAACCCAAACCAAGUGUAUUUCAAUCUUAUGUGAAAUAUUUGUUGAUUCUUACAACUACAGUAGAAAUAACUAUUCUUGGAGUUACAUUAAUAGAAAAUGAAGGCUCAUUCCCAGAAAUGCAAUUAGUUCCAGAACCAAUUUUUACAGUUGCUACAGAUGGUAUUGGUAUUACAACAAUAGCAAAUACUAAUACUGGUAGAAUUUUUCUUGGUGGUAGAAAUGGAUCCCUUUAUGAAAUAUAUUAUCAGGCAGAAAGUAGCUGGUUUGGGAAACGUUGCAAAAAAAUAAAUCAUUCUGAAGGUCCAUUAUCAUUUUUAGUUCCAUCGUUUGUCACUAUAGCUUUAUCAGAAGAAGAAGCAAUAAUACAAAUUUCCAUUGAUGAUUCGCGGAAUAUUUUAUAUACUUUAGGUGAUAAAGGAACAAUUACAGUGUGGGAUAUUGAUAAUGAUGGUGCAUCUAAAGUUGCAUCUUUAUCACAAGCUUCCUUAGUGCAAAAUGCAGUUCAUGUUGUUAAAACAUUGGAUAGUAAUAAUUUUCGACCAUUAGUGAGCAUAUCUGCUAUUACAGAAUCAGAAUCAGUACAUUUAAACUUAGUUGUAAUUGCGGCUACUGGAACACGUUUCUAUUGCAGUUGCACUUCAGUUUCUAAUCCAACAUGUAGACCUCAAGGUUUGCAAUUAAUACAUGUUAGAUUACCACCAGGUUAUGCUGCUAAUGCUACAGUUAUGAGACCAAGAAAAGUACAAAUGGCACAUUAUAGAAAAGGAACACUUAUUCUCGUUUGUGGUGGAGAUACAGAAACUGUUUUAUGUUUAAGUAAUGAUGCUUAUCCAUUCACUAAUUAUUUAGCUGAAACUCAAAGUCCUUUAUCGCUUGAUAGUCCAUUUUGGACAAUGGCUGAAAUUCUCGUAGAACCAGCUAUACGCAUUGAAAAACAAAGUAUUACUCAAGAAGAACCUCCUCUUGUUGUAAGACAACAUAUGGAAGCUCCUCGAAAAUUUAUAUUUUUAACUUCUCAAGGUGCCAUAAUUUAUGUUCAAGUUCGUCCAAUGGAUAUUUUAAAACAACUUCUUUUAGAACAACGUGGCCCUGAUACUGAAGCCGUUCGAGCAUAUUUUCAAUCACAAUCAUUGGAACAAGCAUGUGCAACUUGCCUUAUUUUAGCUACACUUGAAAGUUCUCAAAAUGCUGAGUUAGCAGAAUGGGCAACAAGAGCAUUUUUUUUAUAUGGUAGUCAACGAACAACAAGCAUUGGACCUCCAAUGGAUAUACAUGAUAUUUGUACAUCAACACCAAGAGUUCCAAAUUAUGAUUUAAGACUUCAAGCUUUUCGAUCUCAUGCACCAGUUGGACUUAAUACAGAUAUUUCUCUACAACAGUUUUCUGCAAAACACAAUGGUUUAUAUCUAUAUGUUGGAAGAAUAUUACGACCUAUAUGGAAUAUGCGUUGUAUCAAACAAGAAAUUAUAAACAACAAAACUCAAAUUUCUAGUACAAUUUCAACUAGACAAGUUAGUUGGAUUUUAAGUCUCUUACAAGCAUUAAGAUCAUUUCUCAAUAAAAAUACUCACAUUACUAAACAACAUGGUACUAAUAGGACAACUGAUGGAUUUGAAACAACUAUACGUAGUCAUUGUCAAGAACCAAUUGUUGAAGAAAGGAAUUCUUUAGCUGCAUUAAAAAUUUUUAUUACUCAUGCCUGUGAAGUAUUAGAACUUUGGAAAAUUCUGUGUGAAAAUCAUUUAAAUAAUAUUGUGAAUUGUUUAUCAAAGGAUCAAAUUAAUCAAUUUUCUACUGCUACAUUUCGAGAUUUAAUUUUAAUUGGUCAUGAAAUUUCUUCAUUAUUGAUCAUUCAUCUUAUAGAUAGUUAUCUUGCAGAUAAUGCAUCUGUUGAUGCUGUUAGUCAAAGAUUACGAGAAGUUUGUCCAAAUUUAUAUAGAAAUGAAGAUGCUGUCUGUUCUAAGGCCAAUGAAAUAAUCUUAAAAGCAAAAAGUUGUACAAAUCCCAAAGAAAAGGAAUGUUAUUUGCGAUCUGCUUUAAAACUUUGUAAAGAAGUUGCUCCCAGGUUAAAUUUAAGUGCAGUAUGUCAACAAUUUAUUGCUUGUCAAUUUUAUGUGGGUGUACUUGAAUUAUGUAUAUCUUGUGCAGAAAGAGUAGAUCCUAAUAACACUGCUUUACAUUAUUAUAAAAAUAAUGAACCAAAAGAAGAUCAAGAAGGUUAUAUGAAAAGAUUAGAAAUUUAUAAAGAAUUCAUCACACUAUUGGACCACCUCUAUAAUCAAAGCAUCUCUAAUCCAUUAACUCCCACUAUAUCUAGUAAAGCUGGAUCUCCACCACAAAAUAGUUCUACAGUUCCUGUUACUCCAGCAAAAGAAAUAUUACAGAAUAUUAUAACUGAUGCAUUACAUUCUACAUGUGAAAUUCUCCAUGCUUCAGUGUAUGCUUGGAUGAUGGAAAGAAGAUUACAUGGAGAACUUAUAGCUCUAGCAGCACCUUCUUUAGAAACUUAUCUUACCCGAGUUAAUGCACCAGAUUUGCUCUGGCAGUUUUAUGAAAAAAAUAAAAAUCAUGCUGCUGCAGCUAAAAUCUUAGAUGCUUUAGCGACAAAAGAAUCAAAUAUACCAUUGUCACAGAGAGUUGAAUAUUUAGCUCGAGCAGUAGUUUGUAUGCGAAGCGAUCAAGCUGGAUAUGCUCCAUAUCUUGAUAUAUUUUUACGUGAAUUAGAAGACAAAGUAGAAGUUGCUAGAAUACAACAACAGAUAUUAGAUACGAUUUGUAAUCAGCAUCUUAGCGAUCGGCUUAAUGAAGAAAUAUUUAGAGCAUUAAAUUCUUCAUUACUUGAUAUUACAAAGUUAUACGAAAAAUAUGCAGAUCCUUUGCAAUUGUCAGAAUGUAAAUUAGCUAUAAUUCAUUGUUCUGGUCAUCAAGAUGCAAUGUUAAUCCAAGAAAUCUGGACUAAUAUUAUAAACAAUGAAUUAAAAGAUGCAUCAACAGCAGAGGAUAAGAUGACUAUUUUAAUGAGUAAAAUUAUAUCUUUGGGACAGGAAUAUUCAGGAUCACCACAUUGUUUUCCAGUUGACUUUCUGAUAAAACAAUUAGAAAUAAAGGCAUGUAAAUUAAAUGUAUCAAAUACUGGAAUUAUAUCUGGAUUUUUACAAUUAGGAGUAUCAAUGGAAGAUCUUUUAGAUAUAUAUAAAAUGAUUGGCAAAGACACUCGAACUUGGUUGAAUGAAGGAAAUGAAUUUCAUCUUAUUGAAUCAACUGCAAAUUUAAUCAAUUAUUUCAUAUCGCAUUCAAACAUAACCAACACUUUCAUCAAUUGAUGUUGAAUUACAGACGAAAAAUAAUAACAAAAUGCCAAGAUGUAAUUUCAAAAUGUUUACUUACUUUACAAACUAAACCUCAUGGACAAGAAUUGAUAACAAGACUUAGAUCAAUUCAAAAUGUCCUAAAUCGUAUGUAAAAGGAAAUCUCUAUUAUUGAAAUAACAUUUUAAAAUUGCAUAAAUAUUUGCAAAUUAAGAUACAAUAAAACAUUAUUCCAUAAAUAAAAACUUGUCAAAAAAAUGUAAAUAUUUAAAAAUUAUAAAUGCUCAACUGCUUUUUUAUGAAUGUUAAUGUCUCUCCAUAAAAUCAAAUUUAGUGAUAUUUAUAUGAGUCAUUCUUUUUAUCAUGUUAAUUAUGUAAAAAUAAAAACAUUUUAUAUAUUUUA